AUGCUUUUCCCGAGUUUAAACACUUCGAAAUACGGAUUUUAGAAUUUAUGUACCGCUCGAGCACACGCGCUAGAACACCAUGCACGCGUGAAGAGGGGAAGAGGUUUCCCAGUUAAUUUCAACCAAAAAAAAACAGUUUCGUUUUAGAUUCCGUAGUGCUUUUUGUUAUUGUUAUUAUUGUGAUAUUCGCUUUCCUACCAUGACGUCCGGUGUUAAACAAACUGUUAUCAAAAACCCAACAUGGUGGAAAAGAAGGACAAGCAUGGAGAGAUGUCUCACUCUCACGACUGCAGUAGUGUUCAUUAUAGGAAUCUCGUUAAUAGUAGCUCUUGCCACGGUAUUAUACAAUAGGAAUACGGAAAUUGCUAGUUCUCAAUUUAGUGCCGAGGCACUGCAAGGACCAUUCAUUAUAAAUGCUCACCCGGACGGCCAUAAUCGAGAGUCGAAGCUUUGUCUUACUCCGGGAUGCGUCCACACCGCAUCCAAAGUGCUGGAGUAUAUGGAUCAAUCGAUAGACCCGUGUGACGACUUUUACGAAUUUACCUGCGGCAACUUUCUGAAGAAGACCAAUAUUCCAGACGAUAAAUCCUCAAUAACUUCGUUUAGUAUUAUAAGUGACACGCUUCAAGAGCAGUUGAGGUCGAUGAUAGAGGAACCGAUCCAGCCCGAUGAACCAAAACCGUUCCAACUGACGAAGAAAUUGUAUAGGGCAUGCAUGAACAAAACUUUGAUCGAAGGCGAGGGUUUGACGAUUAUCCAUUCGAUUUUAAAGGAGUUGGGUGGCUGGCCAGUGCUAGACGGCGAGAGAUGGAGGGACGGUGAUUUUGACUGGAGAAAAUCUGUCUAUCGGUUUAGAAAAGUGGGCUACAGCGUUGAUUAUUUUAUAGAUUUCUCGGUUGGGAUAGAUGUUAAGAAUUCCACAAAGAGGAUAAUUGAUCUCGACCAAGGCUCCUUGGGCUUGAGAAGGGAGUUUCUAACCAAAGGUUUAGACGAUAAACUUGUAAAGGCAUAUUACGACUAUAUGGUAGAUAUAGCAGUGCUGUUCGGUGCUGACAAGCAAAGGGCUACCAAGGAAUUAAAAGAGUCGUUAGACUUUGAAAUUAAAUUGGCAAAUAUUUCUUUACCCAGUGAAAAAAGAAGAAACGCCACAGCUUUGUACAAUCCCAUGACUGUUGCAGAGCUCCAAAAUAAGUACCCAAGUAUACCGUGGAUAGAAUACAUCAAUACCUUACUGGCGCCCGAUACGGAAGUCGGGAACGAUGAGAUAGUGGUUGUCAGUGUUCCAAAAUACAUUUCCGAUUUUGAAGCUCUCAUAAGUAGAACGCCAAAGAGGGUGCAAGCCAAUUACGUCAUGUGGAGAGCAGCUGCUUCGUCGGUAUCAUACCUUACAGAAGCACUACGACAAAGACAGCUCGAGUACACUACGAUCGUCACCGGAAGAACUGAAAGAGAAGCUAGAUGGAAAGAGUGCAUCGACAUUUCUGCCGGAAGUCUAUCAAUCGCUUCCGGAGCGUUAUACGUUCGCAAAUAUUUCAAUGAAGAAGCGAGACAGAACGCAAAGGAGAUGGUAGCUGACAUUAGGGCGGAGUUCGAAGAAAUCCUGAGGAAGGUCGACUGGAUGGACCAAGAGACUAGGAUGAACGCCAUUGACAAAGCUAAAUCUAUGUCGACUCAUAUAGCGUACCCGGACGAGUUAUUGGACGAUAAAAAACUUGAAGAGUUUUACGAAGGACUCGAACUUGAUUCCGAAGAGUACAUGAGAUCGAUUCUAAAUCUAACAUUAUUUGGUACUAGAUUUUCUUUCAAGAGAUUGCGUCAGCCCGUUAACAAGACCGACUGGAUCACACACGGUAGACCAGCCGUCGUUAACGCAUUCUAUUCGUCCAUCGAAAACAGUAUUCAAUUCCCUGCCGGCAUACUUCAAGGGGUGUUCUUCAGUGCAGACAGACCGAGGUACAUGAACUAUGGCGCCAUUGGUUUCGUAAUAGGUCACGAAAUCACGCACGGAUUUGACGAUCAAGGCAGACAGUUUGAUAAAAAUGGUAACCUGGUAGAUUGGUGGCAGCCUGAGACCAAGAAGCGUUUCGUCGAAAAGGCCCAGUGCAUUAUCGAUCAGUAUGGCAACUAUACCGUUCCGGAACUAAAACUGCACCUGAACGGCAUUAACACCCAGGGAGAAAAUAUCGCGGACAAUGGCGGUAUCAAAGAGGCCUAUCUCGCUUAUAAACGAUGGGUCGAUAGGAACGGUAGCGAGCCUUAUUUACCAGGCCUCAACUACACGGGUCGGCAGAUGUUUUGGGUGUCUGCGGCCAGCAUCUGGUGUUCUCUGACGAGAGAUGAGGAACUAAGGCAAUUGAUUGUUACCGAUGAACACGCACCCGAUAAGUACAGGGUGAUCGUACCGUUGAGUAAUAUGGAAUACUUUGCCGAAGACUUUAAUUGUCCCCUGGGGUCGAAAAUGAAUCCGACGAAGAAAUGUAACGUGUGGUAGGCUGACGGAUCGGCGGUUCCAAAAGGAUGAAAGGUCAACGUUUUCGAUUGCAGUGUGUGUAGCUUAAAUUAUUUUAAGGAUUGGACUGGAUGUAUGUCGAAGUUGUUGGAUUUUAUUAGUUGUGGCCGAUGGUCCUCUGCGAAGAAGAGUUUUUAAUCAUCUAGGUUUCGAGUUUCGUUUCCACAUUGUCGCACGUGUCUCGGAAAAUGUAUUUAUUAUUUUAUCGAUAACUUAUACUUGUGGUUUUAUCUGGCUUUUCGCGUAAUAUUGUUAUCUAACAAAGAGAUCUGACGAGUGAAUCCAAUUAUAUGAACUUUGUGACGUAUUGGUUAUUGGCAAUUGAUGAGUUUAGCGCAAUUUAGGCGGUAAUUUUUUCUGUUACUGUCUAGGUAGCAAAUCUGUAUAAGCAGUAAGCAGGGGAAAAGAAAUAUUAAAAUUUUGACUUGUACCCAAAUCCUAACGUGAUAUUCAGAUUUUAAUUCGACAUUUUUGAAUUGUUAUUUUAUUCUCAUUUUAAUAUUUAAACGAUUUCGUACUAUUUCGCUAAUUGUGUUAUAUUUAUUCUAUAUUUUAUAGUUUAAAAACUUUACUUUUCAUUUUCAUAUUCAAAUUUGUAAAUAGUUUAUUAGAUUUUGUACCCUAAAAUUGAGGACUGCUUACUUCGUUUUUUUUUUCAGUAACCUGCGAAGUGUUUUUUUUUAAAUAAAAUGAUAAAAAAUUGAUAAUUUAUUUUGUUCUCUAGUUGGUGAUGGAAGAUUCGCUUUUUAACAACAUGCAUGACCCGCUUUGCUAUGACUGCAGGGUAGUCCGGUUACCAGUUAGUGCAUCACAUCAUUUAAAAACACGUUAUACCGAGAAAGAGCAAAGGAGCGAGUUAUGUAAAAUAAAAUGCCUUUGUUGCUUAUUGUAAUUCAUUAUUGCUUUUGUUAAAUAGUACUCACACUUCUUUUCUAGAAAGGUAAGACUGUAGCGCACUAAAAUAUAUAUUAACUAAAAAAGUUGGUGUAUAAUCUCGAACUGUAAAAAUUCAAAAAUUAUGGUACUAAGGCCCUGUAUAUUUUAGAUCAAUCAAACUAUGAUUUAUAAAAUUUUUAAUUGUUCGCUCACUAACUGUUAAAAAAAAAACUAGAAAUGGAAGAAAAAUCUAAGACUUUGUCUGGCCCACUCAAUGUUUUGGUUUAACUUAGCUUUCGUAAUGACAGUUAGUAAGUGGCUGUAAUUCUGUUUAUUAUUAUAUUAUAUUAUUUUUCUAAUU